AUGGCCAGGUCUUCCUGUGGGGACCUGGUGAUGGAGGAGGUGGACGACCUCACGCCUCAUAUCGAGGAUUCCCUAGCCCGCUUUGAAGCCAAGAAAAAGGCGGAGCUAGAGAACCUUCACGAACAGCAAAUGGUGCUUCGAGCCCGCGCCAAGGUGGAAAUUAUGCGUGUGAUUGGCAAUGAUACGUGGGAUAUCUCGCAGCUCAUAUCGAAGCUCCGCACCAUGGAGCAAGACUAUAAUCAGCUCGAGGAGUUUACAUUGAUGCGUAUUUAUGCGAGUAAGCAGGAUUUGAACAGGAAGGUGAAGCGUAUCAGCGGAGUGGGAAUGCCCUGUGCUGCUCCCGAGGCCUUGAUUAGCCACGAAAAUGAAGACUCUAGGAUUUCUAGGUCAACAAGCAGUUUCCGCCCACCCCUUUCAAGUAGGACUGAGACUAGGACUGCUUCCUUUGUAUCUACUGUCGACGGCCCCUAUGGAGAGCAGGAUCGACAGUAUACCACGACUUCAGAUAUGAGCACAGGGCCUGACCAGUAUAGCAAAACGCAAGAAUCCGCAAGAAAGUCCCGCAAGCGUCGUAUCUCUGAUUCAUCGUCAUCAGACGAAGACUUACCUAGUCCCAAGCGCGCUAGAGAGGGCGUGGAGUCGGCAAUUACCCAGAAGGGAGAUACUACUUUGACUGGGAACCCGCCCAAAGAGAUGCGGACAAUCACAUUCAACGAGGUGUUCCAAGAUGGCAAGGCGAAGUAUAAACACGCCAUCAUCCGCGAGAAAGAGGGUGAUCGACACUGGUAUAUUCUGAAGUGCGAAAGCGCUCACCACAUCUUUCACUUUGGGGGUCAUAGAGGGGCUCUCCGCAGUGCAGCCCAACACCUUGGCAAUAAACAUGGGUUGGGUCGUAAACACGGAGUUGCCCUAGAGCAACUGGGUUGGCGUGUCGUAGACUGCAAUGAGGCUUUGGCUGAGAAGAACAACCGCGCUUUAGAGCAAGCUCUUGCCAAGGGAUAUAAGCCGCUCAACACACUUUGCGAAGCCGGGCCACCACUCAACAAUGACCGGCCCGCUAACGAGCCACUCACUAACGAGCCAUCCACUAACGGACCGCCCGCUAACGAAUUACCCGCGGACGAUGAGGCCGAUUUAACUUGGCGGAACGAAUUUAGGGAUGUGUUUCAUAACCGAUUGAUUACGAGGCCCGAUAUUGGCGGGCUGUACUACGUCUUUUGGCCCGCCGAUCAGAAAUUCUUCUUGGCCAUGGUUCUUGGAUGGGACGGCUCACCAGACUGCGGGCUUCCAGAAGCAGCCGGAGGCUUAGACAGCCUAGGCCUCUUGGACGGGAAGAAGGUCCAGAUUCCGUACUGCUACGAUAUCAAUUGGAUGGAGAGGCGCAUCCAAGGUUGGGCGGAGGGUUUCCAGGAUGGUCGCCACUUGGAAGAUGAUCGAGAGUUCCCCGUUCUAUUUUUCGAUGAAAAGCAAAACCUAGGUGGCUGGGUCGGAACGAGUCUCCUCGCACAUUUUGAUCCUGACAGCCCAAUUUCCGAGGACGUCGAUGCCCGGUUUGCCGUCUCCCGCAGCAAUAUCGAGGUGGCGCUUGAGGCCCACGCCCGGAUCAAUGGCUUUUCGUCAUUUAAAACAAUGAGGGCUGAGAGGAGCCAUGAAGUCUGUAACACGGUGGAAGAUUAUAGGUUAAUCGACACAGGGGAACUAGACCCAUUCCCCGGAAGCCCUCUCGAUCUGGUGGAGCAUAUGGUGGAGCAGAGCGCACUCGCUCGUGAUCAGAACGAGACGGGCAAGGGGAAGAAGAUAUGGACAGGUGCCGUGGGACAUGUGAUCGAUAGUCAAGCUCUAGGCGGCGCUCCGAUUAAGGGCGAGUGGCCUGCCGGACUUGAAGAUUCUUUUGCCCUUACAUCACCAACGUUUGCCCUCGAUGGUGACCUCAACGCCAAGUCGGACGCCACGGACUCCACAGACGCCUCGGACGAUAGAGUCGACGAUUCGUGUGAGAUUCCCGCCAAGGUUUCGACUGGAAAGUAUUCUUCCGGAACACCUCUGCGGGAGCUCUUGGCAGAUGAUCUGGGGGAUGACCCCGAAGCGCAAGGAGGAGCAACCAGUUUGGAAGUUGGAGCCUUGUGCGAGAGCGCGAGCGAGCAAACGCAACGAGUGGAAGUGACCACGGACGACAUUCAAGAGGGUGGAUACGCUGCUCAGGAGACGGAACCAAGUACGGAGUCGGCUAUUGACGCGGCGCUUGAUCCAAGACACGUCAUCUCGUAUGAGCGAAUCGAAGAUGAUGGAGAGCCCGGCGCGGAAUACGUGAAGCUGAGGCUGAUCCUCCACAGCCCUGAGGGUCCCGAAGUCGUGCUCGCUUUUGGAUCCGCCCGUGGUAAAACGGGAAGGCUACUCGCGAGAGAGUUUUGGCUGUGGGUAAGCCUUAAUGGCAGCCAACAUAACUAA